AUGUCUUCCUACAGUGACGUCCUGUCAACCGGCAUCACCAGAUAUGGCAUCAUCGCGGUCGUUGUCACCACUGUCCUAUCUGUCCUCGCGGCGAUACUGGCCGUGAUGCGGUUUAUGCUCCGAAGGAAAGUGGGUUUUGGAACUGAUGACUAUCUGCUCAUGGUCGUCCUUCUGUUCUUGAUGAUCCAGCUCAUCAUACAGUACCUAAUGGCUUUCCUGGCAGCUGAAGGUGCCAGUAUGGAGUAUCUAGCUCAGCACCCGGAGAAAAUGAUCAUCACGCUGAAGCUUAUCUACUUUCCGGUACUCAGCUACACUCUGGUCGUGGUUUUCAUCAAGACCUCUAUUCUUUACUCGUAUAAGAAUAUUUUCGGUCAUGUCAAGAUGACAAAAUAUCACAUUUACAUCCUUUUGGGCCUCACAUGGGCUUGGGGACUUGGAUCAUUCUUGCCAGCUCUGUUUCAGUGUAGCCCCAUCGACAAAGCUUGGCUACCAAUGAAACCAGGACACUGCAUUGGGAUCAUGCCUUACCUCUGGGCCACCUCUAUCUCGAACUUCAUCAUAGAUUGGUUGAUUCUCAUCGUGCCGAUUGCCCCGGUGCUCAAGCUUCACCUUCCUCCCACUCAGAAGUUACUGGUUGGGUUGUCAUUCAUGUGCGGAUCAAUUGCAUGUAUUGCAAGCACAGUCCGUUCAGCACGAACGGGAGAGUUUGACCCAGCAAAUCUCGGCGUGUCGAACUUCAAUGCCUCCAUUUGGGUGUACAUCGAAAUCCCACUUGCUACGAUUUCGUGCUGUCUCCCAUUCCUUAGCCGUCCAUUGGGCACCAAGAUCGCAAGGAGCCUUCGAACAUUCAGGACCCGGAUAACUGGGCGCUCAUCCAAAGACUCAUCACCGGCAAACAGCAAGGGCAAGAGUUCUGGAUAUGGCUCGUACGAUUCAUCUCCCGAAACAAUGAACAGCCAAAGCUACCCGAUCCAGGGCCUGUCUCACGAUGGGCGGAACAUCCACUUGUCGACCACCACUACAGUGGCCAGUCGACCGGUGCCAAAUCCCUAUGGGACUGAGACGGCCUCUUAUGGAUACACGGUGGAGGUGCCGGCGAAAGGCAGGGAUAAAAGCGACUCUGAGAGAUCAUUGGUACAGCGCAUGUGA